GUGUCUUCAAAUAUGCCAUACUUGACAGAUGCUGCAAUAAGUCUGCUACGCCCCCACAUAAGCAUACAAGUUGCUUGGACUAUAUUAUCAUCGCGGUUCAUAUGCUUUAGGAUAACAUUCGUUUACAUGUAAGUGUAGUUCGAUAUUGUGAGCUACCUUCAUAACAUGUGCGCUUGACUUGGACACGCAUGGUAGAAGCCGGUGUCACUGUGAUCGUGUAAUAAAGCAGUAUGCUUGCCCUCAAAGAGAAAGAUCGACCCAUUGUAAGAAAGCUGUUUGACGCUGGCUGCUGUGCGAGAUGUGUUCUCCGGUUCUGUUGUGUAGGGACCUACUCAUCUUACAGACAACCCUACGAGGAUAUACAUAGAGAGCUUUUCGCCUUCAUCGGCGAGGAAAACCGCAAGUCCCAUGAUGCAUCUGAUCAGGGUCAGUCCGAGGACCCGCCGAAGAAACGCAUGAAAAUAGAAGACAACGGCAGCCUGGAAGAUUCUGUCACUCCAGCAGAGCCAAAGACAGUUUCGGAUAUUUGUCCGGUGUGUCUCGGAGUACUGCAGCACUUCUGUGAUCACACUUAUGCUAAACAGGUGUCCGAUGCUGUGAAGAAAGAGCAGUAUGAGUUUGACCGUCUGGUACUGACCGUCUCUCUUCCUGCUCAGCUCUCCGUCCGAGAGCACUCUUGCUGGUUACACAUCAAACGGGAAGUCAGGGAGAAGAGCAUGUGUUUGGGGAAAGAUGAUGUCAUCCAGGUAAAGGAUGCCUUCAAGUGGGCCGUACAGGGAAAGAUCGGCCAGGACCUGGGCGCUGAUGUGCUGGCCAAUAGUGCAUUUGAAGUGAGUGUCGGGUUUACACACCCAGAAACAGAUGAAGACUGUCAUUUUCUGGCGACCAUUUGUCCAGAUUGUUUCAAACCCACCAAAAACAAAUUGUCUAUCUUCACCAGGAUGGCGGUGGUGAAAUCUCUAGAAAAGAUCUCUGAUGAGAAGUUUAGCAGACAUUACCCCUGUCCACCGAAGAAACCAAAAACUACGUGUACAGCACUGGACACCACAUGUCUCCACAAUUCUGUCUUUAUAGCAGGUCGGUAUAAUAAGUUUUCUCGGGAGCUUCCACAGACACCGUGGGUGAUCGAUGGAGAGAGACGGAUGGAGGGAUCCGUGGAGGAGCUGAUCGCUGCUCCUCUCCUCUUCUCGUUCAGAGCUGACGGUUUUAACUUCUCAUCAUCAGGACGAGAGGAUGUGGACGUGAGGACUCUUGGAAAUGGUCGGCCUUUCAGUAUGGAGUUGUUGAACCCGCACCGAGUUAAAUUGAACAGAACUGAGAUCAAACAACUGCAGGAGACGAUCAACCAGUCAUCUGACAAAAUUAGAGUACGAGACCUACAGAUUGUCACCAGGGAAGCAACAAGUCGCAUGAAAGAGGGCGAAGAGGCGAAGACGAAAUCCUACAGCGCCCUCAUCUGGACACACAAAGCCAUCUCCAGCACUGAUCUGGAGUUUCUGGAAAACAUCAAGGAUUUGAAGAUUGCUCAGAAGACCCCGUUGAGAGUCCUUCAUCGCCGGCCGCUGGCGGUCCGACAGAGACUCAUACACACUAUGAGUUUUUCUUACCUGGACACGCACCAUUUCACCUUAAAGCUCUGCACACAAGCGGGGACUUACAUAAAAGAGUUUGUGCACGGGGACUUUGGCCGCACUAAACCAAACCUCUGUGACCUCAUGAAAACUGAUGCUGAUAUCCUAGAGCUGGACGUCGAGUCAGUAGAUAUCGACUGGCCUCCUGCGAUUCCAGAUUGACUUCCCAUCUUGAAACGAGAAUUAUGAAGGAAUUCUGGGGAAUUGAGCUUAACACAUAAAAAAAAAGCCUCACAAUCCCCCCCAAAAUACCCGUUGCAGUGUGAGAAUAGCUCUGUGAUAGCGCUUGGUUAGUUUGACAGCUGUAUUUGUUGCAUUAUAAAACGAAUCCUAAUGCAUUGUAUUUUGUUAAUAAAAC